AUGCUCCGUAUCGCCUUCGAACUCGUCGCCCAGACAACGACCGAUGCGGAUGUUCAGUGGCAAGGUACACGUCUCCAGAUUCUUUCUUUGUUACAACUUACUUUCAGUGACCGAAUGCCUUUUCGUAGUGUUCGGAGUGCUCAUUUCGAUUGCUCUUCACAACGCCUAUGAUACUGUGGGUCUCCGUAAUCUUUCAGUUUCUUUAUUUCCAUUCUCUCCAGCGCAUUUCUCUGAUCUCAAUUUCCUGGACAAUUUGGAUGUUCAUCAACACAAUCUUCGCACUUUUCGUCGUCAAUUCCGAUAUCAUUCAGGUAGGUGUUACCCAUAAAAUAGUUAAAACAUUCAUUUUCAGAUGGUCGUCAAGAGAAUCGAAUCGAACGUGGUAUUCACUCCGGUCGACGUCGUCAAGUUCAUUCUCGACAUUAUCCAUUUCUUCAACAUCCCCGUCUCCGUGAGUCUUCUUCUUUCCAACUCUUCCACGUCUUCUCCUCCAGCUCUACUUCAUUUGCGUGUUCCUCGUCUCCGCGAAAACCCACAAAACACGGCGUCACCGUCGCAAGAGGAGCAGUACUAAAACGGGUCAGCAGGUGGUCAAGAAGCAGUUCGAAGUGGCCAAUGUGUUCGUCGGCGAUGAGAUGGUCUACUAUGUCUGA